UCCGCGGGGCUUGCGGAGCAGCCUGGAGCUGUGCCGCCAGCUGGAACUCGAGGCCGCCCAACUUGCCGGCUGAGGCCCUGCAGAGUUCCACUUCUGUCCCGGAUGUUUACGAGCCCAGCCGGGCGCUGGCUGGAGCCCGCCUUGAACCCUCUAUCCUGAAUCCCAGACACGCCUCUGAGGACUGCUGGCUGAAAAGCCUUCUGGUCUGCUUCCCAGCUUGGGAGGCCUAUCCUAACUAAGCCUUGGUGUAUAGCUCACUCAUACCUCCCUGCCUCCAGGAAUCCCAGGACAGAGAAAGAGAGAGAUGUGGGGAGAGAGGAGAGAAGGUUUGGGAAGGCAGCAGCUGGGUCAGUCCAGAAAGGGGCUGGAUAGGGGUUGGGCGGAAAACCUCUUUGGAGGCCAGGGUUCUGCUUUCCCAGACCCGUUCCUGGCCCGUAGGGAGAAAGGGGAAGGUUGACUUGAGGAAAGAAGCUUCGGCUUCUGGUGGCCUGGACAAAGGCGGAGUGUGUGUGUGUGUGUGUGUGUGUGUGUGUGUGUGUGUGUGUGACGACGACACAGAGAUCCAAGAGGACCAAUAAAGGCAAGCAUGGUGGAUAAGUGAAGGAACACAGUGUGCUUCUCUGGUGUGUCCCACACUGCGCUCGUGUGGGGGGAGUGCGUGGGCCUGCCUGGGCGCUGUUUGUAUCAGGUUGUGAGCCUAAAUCCUCCACGUGUGCUUCUGCCCCGUGUCCUUUGCUCGCCCACAAAGUGCCUGGGAAAGGCAAAGGAGGCCUCCUUGAUCCUGAAUGAUUAUUCCAAAGUGAGAGAGAGAAAACAGGCUCAGCCAGGCAGGGAAUCCAUCCUCAUUCACUGAGCAGUGGCAGCUGCACAUAAUGGAACUUGUCUGCCUGGCUCUGGGUCCUGGGUUCUUCCCCCACACCACACUUGAGUCUAGGCCAGGCAGUGGCGAAAAGCUCACUUGCUGGUGCCCUUUGGCCCUGCUUUUAAAGUUCCUGUCCCACAAAGGCUUAUCGAGGCCAGGAAAAUGUCUGAAGGGACCCUCGGUGUACACUGAGCAAGCACUGGGUGGGCCCAUGUGUAAACGUCACAUGGGAAGUGGAAAUCUCUGGAUUGCCCAGGCCCUGGAGCAGCUCAGAGGGACACCUUCUCUUUUGGGACUCAGCUCCCUUCCAGAGCCUUGAUGUUGCGCUACCUUCCCCAGGGCCCCUCCCAGCCAGGUGUCAGCAGUGGGGAGAAGACACCACCCCAGUCCCCGGCUGCUGGCUCCCAGGCCUGGAUUGGUGGGAGGGGCAGGGCGGGGCAGGAACAGCCGGCUGCCUGCUGGGAGCCAAACCGAAAGCACUCGGCUGGAACUGGACGGGCAUUCAGGGAUUUGGGAGUGGGAGUGCUGAGCUCUCCAACGAACGCAGGGACCCUGAAGGCCGGGGAGGAAUUCCAGCCACCGCCACCCGCAGACCCAGAGUUAAGUGAGGGCAGGCGGGAGGCGUCUGUCCCCCCCACUGGGGGGGGCAGGACAGGGCCUCAGGCCUGGGUGCUGCCUGGCACUUGGAAGAUGCCUGUGCCCUGGUUCCUGCUGUCUUUGGCCCUGGGCCGAAACCCCGUGGUCAUCUCUCUGGAGAGGAUUGUGGGACCUCAGGAUGCUGCCCGCUGCUCUCCAGGCCUCUCCUGCCACCUUUGGGACAGUGACAUGCUCUGUCUGCUUGGGAGCAUCGAGUCCGCAACAGGCCCCGUGCUGGUGCCCACACACCUGCAGACGGAGCUGGUGCUGCGGUGCCGCCAGGAGACCAGCUGUGAUCUCUGUGUGCGUGUGACUGUCCACCUGGCCGUGCAUGGGCACUGGGAAGAGCCUGAAGGUGAGGAAAAGUCUGGGGGAACAGCUGAGCUGGAGCUCAAAGAACCCAGGAAUGCCUCUCUCCAGGCCCAAGUCGUGCUGUCCUUCCAGGCCUAUUCCACUGCCCGCUGUGUCCUGCUGCAGGUGCAAGUGCCUGUUGCCCAGGUGCAGCCUGGUCAAUCUGUGGGCUCUCUAGAGUUUGACUGCUUUGAGGCUGCUCUGGGGGCUGAGAUUCGAAUCUGGUCCUACACUCAGCCUAGGUACCAGAAGGAACUCAACCUCAUGCAGCAGCUGCCUGACUGCAGGGGGCUCGAAGUCCGGGACAGCAUCCAGAGCUGCUGGGUCCUGCCCUGGCUCAGCGUGUCUGCAGACGGUGACAAUGUGCUCCUGGUACUCAACGUCUCUGAGGAGCAGCGUUUUGGCCUCUUACUGUACUGGAGUCAGGUCCAGGGUCCCUUAAAACCCUGGUGGCACAGAAACCUGACUGGGCCACAGACCAUUACCUUGAACCACACAGACCUGGUUCCUUGCCUCUGUAUUCAGGUGUGGCCCCUGGAGCCCGACCCAGUCAGGACCAGCAUCUGCCCCUUCAAGGAAGACCCUCGUGCACACAGGAACGUGUGGCGUGCAGCCCGGCUGCGGCUGCUGUCCUCAAAGAGCUGGCGGCUGGAUGCGCCCUGCUCGCUGCCCGCGGAGGUGAUGCUGUGCUGGCAGUUGCCGGGCAGGGACCCCUGCCAGCCCCUGGUGCCACCCCUGUCCCUGGAGAAUGUCACCGUGAAUAAGGCCAGUGAGUUUCCCGUGCUGGAAGGUCAUCCUAACCUCUGUGUUCAGGUGCGCAGCUGGGAGAAGGUACAGCUGCAGGAGUGCUUGUGGUCUGACUCCCUGGGCCCCCUCAAAGAUGAUGUGCUACUGGUGGAGACCCAGGGCUCCCAUGACAACAGAUCACUGUGUGCCUUGGAACCCACUGGCUGUAUUCCCCUGCCUAGCAGGGCCACUGCGAGGACAGCUCACCUUGGAGAGCAGUUGCUGGAAGACCUACAGUCAGGCCAGUGUCUGAAGUUGUGGAGUGGUGACCUGGGAGCACUGUGGGCCUGUCCCACGGACAAGUAUGUCCACCGGCGCUGGGCACUGGCGUGGCUGGCCUGCCUGCUCCUUGCGGCUGCUCUUCUCCUCCUGUUCCUCCUCCGGAAGGGCCGCAGGAAAGCAGAGUCUCCGCCCUCCCGCGGCCCUUUAAAGUCUGGACAGGUGCAGCUCGGCACUGCCUCUGACUGGGUGGUGUGGGGUGACGCCCUGGCACAUGGCCCGCUCCCAUUGGCUGGGAGCGGUGGCGGCCGCGGCGCCGAGGAGACAGCAGAAGGCGCCCGGGGGCUGAGGCGGGCCCGUUUUCCCUUGCCGCGGUCUCAGCGGGUCUGGAUCUUCCCCUGCUGGCUCCUGGGCCGUACCUUCGUUGCUUGUGAGGCUCGGAACCUGACCCCUUCUUUUCACAACCGGAUCCGUGCUUCUCCUAGGCCGGGUUUCCAGACUCCUCCCCCAAGAACGCCCAUCCGGUCUCUUCUCGCCUAA